AUGCGAAAGCGUGUGCAUAUCGAUAACGCUAUCGAGUUUUUACGAGGAAGAGUUUACCUCGGUUCCUAUGACCAUACCCCGCAGGAUACAGACGAGAUCGUAUUUUUCACGGUAGAAGACAUUUUGUUCUACAACCGGUUUCAUCUUGAUUUUGGACCAUUGCAUAUAGGGCAUUUGUAUCGAUUUGCCGUGAUAUUCCACGAAAUUUUGAACGAUCCUGAAAAUUCUGGCAAAGCCGUGGUGUUCUAUUCGUCUACGUCUACUCGUCAGAGGGCCAAUGCUGCGUGUAUGCUGUGUUGCUACAUGCUUCUAGUUCAAGGUUGGACGCCACAUCAGGUUUUACAACCACUAGCACAAGUAGACCCGCCUUUUAUGCCUUUCAGGGACGCGGGCUACUCAAAUGCCGAUUUCGAAAUCACGAUACAAGAUGUCGUAUUUGGCGUUUGGAGGGCAAAGGAAAAGGGGCUAGUCAACCUCAAUGCAUUCGAUCUAGAGUCUUAUGAAAAAUACGAAAGGGUGGAAAACGGCGACUUCAAUGUCCUAACACCUGACUUCAUCGCGUUUGCAUCCCCCGAGGAGGACCUCCAGCAUAGGACUACUAGUUCCAAAUCGCACUUGAAUAGUUCGUUUCGCUCGGUGCUGAAAUUCUUCUCAGAGAAUAAUGUCCAAUUGGUGGUCAGACUCAACUCGCACCUCUACAACAAAAAGCAUUUUGAAGAUCUCGGCAUAGAGCACGUAGAUCUCAUAUUCGAGGACGGGUCCUGCCCGGAUAUGUCAAUAGUUCACAACUUUGUUGGUGCCGCAGAAACCAUUAUAAGACAGGGCGGAAAGAUUGCAGUUCACUGCAAGGCAGGUCUGGGAAGAACAGGCUGUUUAAUCGGUGCCCACCUUAUCUAUACGCAUGGGUUAACCGCGAAUGAAUGCAUAGGACUUUUACGAUUUAUCAGACCCGGAAUGGUUGUGGGUCCACAGCAACAUUGGCUCUACUUAAAUCAGCACACUUUCAGGGAAUGGAAAUACACAAUGAAGCUUGGCCUGAAACCAAGUGACGUUAUUGGGGAUCUAUACCCUCUAGUAAGUGCAGAAGAAUAUCGACGUCAAAAGAAGGCUAGAAAAUCUAGCAAAAAGAACAUAGAAUACAACGUGAGCGAUUACACCGUAGAAGACCAUACUGUUACACCACCAGGCUCUGUACAAAGAGAGUUGAAGCAAGCAAAGGACGCUGUACCGCAAAGCUCGCCUGGACAACCGCGAAAAGGGGAGAACGGAAGCAAUAGAGUCGAGACUGGUAGGCAAUCAAGAGUACAGCCGGUCGGCAAUAACAGUGAUGAUGAGUCCAUGCAAGUUGACAGCAGUCAGGGUAGCGCUAAUAGAAGGGGUGGUCUAACUUCUCUCGAGGAUGAUGUGGUCCUACGCCAAUUAUCGCCGAAAAAUAAGCGCGCCGUAUCUAGCGGGAACGGCAGAAGAUCCGCAAGCGGAGCAGGUGUACGGAAAGUCUCGGGAACCGUCAAAAGAUGA